AGCACAAGAGAGGACGCAAAUUCACAGAGAGAAAGAGAGAGCUGAAGAAAAUAAGCACAACAGCAGAGGCAGACUGAGUGAAGGAGAAAGUGAGAGUGACCAAGUGAGCUUCAUAUGAGAGGAGGACUAACGGCAAAGACACGGAAAGAAAGUGACAGAGAGGUAGUGUGUGUGUAGUGCAGGGUUGCGCUGGUCUGCUUGGUUAUCUGUCUCCAUCUGGGUGCCAUCUGUGUCUCUGGCUCUGGCCUUCGCCACACUGGAGCUCGCAUAUGUGGGAAUGCAAACACAUGCCUGACAUAUGAAGGUGUGGAGUCACAGAAAGUGACAAAAAGGAAAGGAUAAGAGGGCAAAACCCCACCACAGCAGCUGACUUUCUCAAAGGACUGAAGAGUGGACUCUACUAGAGUGGAGACAGUAGAGAGAAGAAGAGCCCUGCCAUGCCCGGUUCUCCUGUGGAUGCUAAGACUCAUUCCAGAUCAGCCCCCAGCAGCAGCGCCAGUUCCAGCAUGCCACCCUUGCCUUCCGUCAAUCCCAGUGGCCCUCGGCCAGCCUCCUUCUCCACCACAGCAUUGACCAAUGGGAAUCAUCAUUCCCCACCUACUCUAAAUGCAGUGCCAUCUCCACCGCAGCGUUACAGCAAUGGACCGUCUUCUUCCUCUUCCUCAUCACUGGCAAACCAGCAGCUGCCAGCCACCUGUGGGGCUCGCCAGCUGAGCAAGCUGAAGCGUUUCCUGACCACACUGCAGCAGUUUGGCAAUGACAUCUCUCCUGAGAUUGGAGACAACGUCAGAAGCCUUGUUCUGGCUCUUGUGAAUUCAACAGUUACUAUCGAGGAGUUUCAUUCACGGCUUCAGGAGGCAACCAACUUCCCCUUACGGCCUUUCGUUAUACCCUUUCUCAAGGCAAACCUUCCCCUUUUGCAGAGGGAGCUGCUUCACUGUGCACGGGCAGCCAAGCAGACCCCAGCCCAGUACCUGUCCCAGCAUGAGCAUCUCCUGCUCAGCACCACCUUGGCCUCCUCUCCAGAUUCCUCUGAGCUACUGAUGGAGCCCCCUGAAGUUGGUACCAAGAGACACAGCCCCAGCAGAGGUAAAGAAAAUGGUUUCCACGAACGUCCACCAGUAGCCAUGGAGCCUGCCGCCAAACGAAUCUGCACCAUCAGCCCCGCUCCCCGACACAGCCCUGCUCACCCGCUGCCCCUCAACACCCAGCCUCACCCGACCCCUCCACCCUUGCAGCACUAUGCCCUGGAUGACAUCGCACCACCACACAUCCUGCACCGCGAGCACAGCCAGCGCAUGUUAGAGAUCCGUGAGCUCAAAGACAGACCAAGACUCCCUGGCACGAACGGGGGAUACCGCGAGGAGCCGGUGGACCACAGACUGACAGACCGAGAGUGGGCUGAUGAAUGGAGACAUCUGGACCAUGUGUUGAACUGCAUUGUGGACAUGGUGGAAAAGACACGGAGGUCAGUGAGCGUGCUCAGACGAUGCCAGGAGUCGGAUCGCGAGGAGCUCAACUACUGGAGGCGGCGCUCGAGCGAGCAGGAGGACCCACGCAAAGGAGGCUCAGGCUCGGCUCCCUUCUCUAAGACACAAAGCCCCCACUCUGCAGAGUCGGACUCCCAGCGUGACUUCGCUCAACGGCCAGGCUCAGCAUACGUUACAGAUGAGAUCUGGAGGAAAGCUGAAGAGGCAGUGAAUGAAGUGAAGCGUCAGGCCAUGGAUGAGGUCCAGAAAGCAGUAGCAGAGGCUGAACAGAAGGCUUUUGAGAUGAUUGCUGCUGAAAGGGCUAAGAUGGAAAAGACUCUGGCUGAGGCAAAGAGGAAGGCUCAGGAGGAUGCCAUCAUGGUCAUCAACGAACAGGAGGAUUCCAGUGAGUGCUGCUGGAACUGUGGUCGCAAGGCUAGCGAGACAUGCAGCGGCUGCAAUGCUGCUCGUUACUGCGGUUCCUUCUGCCAGCAUAAAGACUGGGAGAGGCAUCACCUCAUCUGCAGCCCGGGACUUCAAGCUCAACCCAAACCAGUUUCUGCUAUCACUGCAAGCAGGGCAGCUGCAGCAGCAGCAGCAGGGGUGUCUCCUGUCGUUCUGGCCGGUGUCAAGGCACCUGACAGUGUGCCACCAGUCUCCAGUCCUGGUGGAGAUAAGGCUUCUGUCGCUUCUCGCUCCUCCACUCCUUCCACCCCCGCCUCGGCCGCUGAGGUCAACGGACACUAGGAGGUGCAGGGCAUCAGCAGUGAAUUCGUCACCUGUCCUCCUCCUUAAUGGGGAAGAACCGAAUCACCGGAAAGAGACUAUUUGUGGGUCAAGUUAGGAUAACAGAUUUCUCAUCACACUCUUUGGCAGAUAAAAAAAGAACAGAUUAUGGAUGACUGUUUGAGUGAUAUGUCAACUGGGACUUUGGCUUUGGCAUAGAACAGAAGGACCCGUCUCGAAUGCAUCUAUUGGAUGAACAGAGCUCCCUAACAGAUGGAAAUGUGUUUGUCUUCGUCCAAAAAAACCCCAAAUCUUGGAUCUGCGAGGAGCGGAAAAAAACUGACAAUUCAUCUGAGUUUAUCUCAGGCUGCAGUAUAAAGACAUCUCCCCCUUGAACCAAUAUUCUCACUUUGUUGUGUAUAAAUUUAAGAUGGGCAGGUGGGGGUGGGAAAUGUAAACAGUGUAAUAGUACCAGCCAUAAAGCAUCUGUCUUCGUCCUGUAGAAACAAUCUGACAGUCAUCUCUGCAGCUCUCCUGUAUACAUAAAUAUUUGCUCGCCAACUUCUUGUCAGGUUUUCAUAUGUGUGUGAAUCCGUAUGUCAAACGGUUGUGCCGUCAGUGAAUAUUGUACAGCGUAUGAUUCCUUUGUCAAAGCAAUAUUAAAGUGAAGUGUUCGGGUAUCUCAAACCGUUUUCUGCAUCACCAAAGUUUUCAGUCGCUAAAAAGAGAGUCGUUGUCAUUGCCUGCAACUGUCCUUGUGAACAAGAUGAUGAUUAUACAGUAACCCCACAUCAUAUCUACUUUAACGCUAUGCUUAACUAGGAACUUCAUAAUGACCUUAACCAGGAAAAACACUAUUUUUCAUUUCUGAUGAGACGCUUUCAAAGAACAGAGAGAAAGGUGAUGGUGAUUGGAUCAAGUAAGCGCAGGAAGAUGCAGUUAAGACUUUAUUCUGGUUGCAGUUACAUUUUCGCACUUGCUCACAUCACCACUUGUGUAUGGCAGAGUCAGAUGUUGCUCCAAAUCUUCCACCAUUGCAAUUUUCGCUUUAAAGGACAAGGGUAGGUUGUAAUACAGCUUUUUAAGUAACAUUUUCAACAAAAGAAGAGAUGAAGGAUGACAGAUUAAAUCAGUUUCACUUUAUUUCAGAUCAUCAGAAGGGAGAAAAUUCCCGGCGGUGCUUACAUUGCUGUGUUGCAGGUUUAGAGCAGCGACUCUGUCCCACGGAGAAUCUCAGGAGCUAAACUAUAUUUGUAUGUACAGAUGAUUCUGUUCUUUUUUUUUCUUCUGUCGCAGUUAGGUUAAAGUCAAAAGUUUAGUGAGGAACUUUGAUUUAUCGUACUCUGCUGUUACAAAUGAGACGUUGUUUUUGUUUGUUGUAAGAUGACUUUGUAAAAAAUAUUAUGAGAGAAUGCCUUUAUUUUGUGAGCCACAAUUUUCUUCGUUCUUUAAACACGUUCUUUUGCUAUGAGGCAUAACUUCAUAUGAAAAAAGAUAUCUUGACACAAAGUACGAAAUAAAGAAAUAGAAAUACUUCAAAACAGUUA